GUUAGUAGAAUCACUUGUCUGCGAAGCAACAUACUGUGUGAUAAUCCCAAGAAAAUAUUUGGAUUUUUCUUGCUUGUGUUGUUUUGUUUUGAGGCUAGUACUGCAAGUUCUUUACACCAGCAUCCCAGUCCUCACCUCACCUCCACUCUCUUUCUUUAUAUAUACAUAUAUAUGUAUGUAAUCAUGUUGAUCAAUGUUUUGAAACUGUAAACUAAACCAUCUUUGUUUGUGUCACUCAAGAACAAACCAUCACCAUCACCAUCACCAUCAUCAUCAUUAUAACUUUCGGAAGAAAUGAAGGGGAGAUUUUGUAGGUUUGUGAUGAUAAUGCUGUAUAUAAUGAGAGCAAUUAGCAGGCCUCUGGAACCAAAUCUUGUCUCUCCUCCUCCCACUCUUCUCCCUUCACAACAAGCGAGCACGGCAGCACAGAUGUCUUUUCAAUUCAACAAGGGGUCUAAAACGACGGCGGAUCAAGGGUCCUUGAGCAAGAAUGAAGAUACGAUGAAGAAUGAAGAAGAUGAUAGAUAUGGAAGAGGGAUAGAGAACAGGAUAGGCUCGAGACCACCAAGCUGUGAGCACAAGUGCUAUGGGUGUAGCCCAUGUGAAGCCACCCAAGUACCCACAACGAGCCAUGUGGGAAUCCAGUAUACAAACUAUGAGCCAGAGGGUUGGAAAUGCAAGUGUGGGCCCACUUUCUAUAGCCCAUGAUUACGUGCUCUUGGACCACGUACAGGGUCUUAAUUAGGAUUCCUAAUUGUUUAUUAAACAUGAGUAGUAGAUGUGUGAUUUUGUAAUGGAAAUAGGUAUAUUUAUGUGGAUCAUUAUUUGUAAGGCUUAUGUAACACAGAUUUUGUGUCGAGAGUAGAUAU